AAAACACCCUCUUCCCCAGUAAUUUUGGAUAAAUAUUUUUUAUACAAAUAAAUGUAAGUCAUUUAUUUAUACAGAAUAUUUACCAAUUUUGUUUUUGUUUACACCAGUUGGUGUUGUAAGUGAAAACUAUUAGAUGGUGUGUUCAAUUUUAUAAAUAACCGAUUGCAAUCAAAUAUUUCUAAGGUGGCCGACUUUAUCAUCUGUCCGGGUUUAUCAUCAGUACCAGUAGUGGUUUUUAUAUAAACACCGGUUUGACGACAGUGUUUGUGAGGAUUCAUUGUCGUAAGAAACUUAGUUGUGACUGUGACAGGAAGUUGUCUAAAAUUAUCGUGUCACCUAUUUUUCGCGACGUUCUGAAAGACAAGUUUUGGGCAUAUUCUUCGUUGUGUGGUGAUAGACAGUAGGUGGAUUAUGGAAACAGAAGCGUCUCAAUAUGUAGAAUCGGUGUUUUCCACGAACAGUGCGGAAAAGGUAUCAACAACACCUUCGAGAACCAGGAAAAGACAUUUUUCAGAAUCUUCAGAUAUAAAUAGUGAUGCUCAGACUAAGAAAAAAAAAAAAGGAUGAUGUUAGUGAAGGGGAAAGGAUAGAUGAUUCAAGGGACAUGAAAGAGCUCAUUUUAAAGUUGUCAAAGGAGGUGAGAAUGUUGUCAGAUAGAUUUAGUUCAAGGAUUGAUGCAUUGGAAGAACAGUUCUCUGGAUCAGAAAAGCGCAUAAUAGACAAAAUGACAAAAGUUUUUGAUAAACAUAUAAGUUCAGAGGUGUCACGCAUGAAAAAUGACAUGACAAAAGAGAUAGAGAACAAGAUUGGUGACCUGCGUAGUGAGCUCUCUACGGAUAUGGAUGAGAUGAACCAGAAGAUUAACGAGAUUUCUGGUAAUGACAGUUAUGUGAAAAAACAGGAUGAUAUCGCACUUAAUAUUGUGGUACGUAAUUUGUCAUUUAACACUUCUGAAAAUAUUCAUAAGAAAAUGACAGAUUUGACACAGAAAGUUCUUCAACUGCCAGAAGUCUCGUAUGUACGAGUAGAACGUAAGGAGGCGAUGUCAGCUAGGCAGUACACCAGCAAGAGAGUGCAUGCUCACCAUCAUGCAAUUUCGUGUGAUAUGUGCGGUAACUGGCAGCACAGAAAAUGUGGAUCAACAGGUAUCACUGUAAAACAGUAUAAGGCUGCUGUUGCUGCUGGGUCAGAUUUGGCAUUUAUAUGUGCACCAUGUGAACUGAAAAUUCCGCCAGUAGACGAUGAUCACGAUAGCGUAACAGAUGACGAAAUUCAAAUGGAUCUUGAGCAGGAUUCCGAACAGCACACACGUUCUACAGACAACCUGGAGAGAUCAACAAAUACAGACGAUGUCGAGAUGCAGGAAUCUAUGGCAGUGAAUAAUGAGUCAGUGAGAAUCGACGUUUCUUUUGCUGAGCCUAACGUGAUUGUCGAAAGAUCUAUUCUCGAUCCACCUCCAACAGCCACCUUGAUCGAUGAUAGACCGGUUGAAUUCGAACUGAUUCCUGGCGGUACGCAGAGGGGGAAGGACUUGCUGGUUGAUUCCAGAGGAUACUCGUACAAUGUGAAGGAUAUGUUUAAAUCGGCGCGCACGAUUACGGAGGAGGUGUCGGAUGGGGUGACGGGAAUCACAAAUGUUGAACCAUUCAAUAAGCGGUACCGGAAAGAUUUACGACCAGAAGAUCCAAAAAACCUGGACUUUGAGUUGAACGAGAACGACUUACCGCCAGCAUUCCUCAGGGGUGACAUCCGUGUUGGUGCAAAACGUCACUUGAUAUUCGCGUCAGAUCAGCAACUCGAUCUUCUUCGUCAGGCCAAACGCUGGUACAUUGACGGCACGUUUAAGGUGGUACGUGAACCAUUCACACAGCUACUGUCUAUUCAUGCGUUCGUGCGCCCUGGUGAUUGCAGCAAACAGGUCCCAUUGGUCUACAUAUUCAUGUCAAGAAGAUCAACAGCUGACUACGUCAAGGUUCUUCAGGCUGUGGGUCGAAUGUUGAAAGGCCAGUGCGUUGUCGAGGGAUUCGUGGUGGAUUAUGAACAGGCUUUAUGGAAGGCAGUACGUCUUUGAGGGGGCCGACAUCCGUGGUUGCGCGUUCCACUGGGGACAGGCAGUUUGGAAACGUGGUGGUACACAAACGAGAACCUUUCGACGACUAGACUUCUGAAAGAAAUGUCUUUAGUGUACAGACACCCGAUAACAAGCUAAAUGCUAUGUGAAGUGUGCAUGUAGAACAGACAUUCAAAGUGUAACGGACAUAAAUCAUGAACAUUGAUGAACACAUAGUUAUGAAUUCAAAUACUAUUUCAUAAUUUAUAUUACAGUUAUUGCAUGUUAUACAUGUGUACCAGAUUACAAGUGCUAAUUAAUAAAUGUUAUGUGAAGUGUGUAGUACAGACAUUCAAAGUGUUACGAAAUAAAACAUUAACAUUGAUGAAUACAUAUAGUUGUGAAUCCAAUUACUAUUUAUUGCAUGUUAUACAUGUGUACAUUAUCUAUUUCAAUGAAAUAAAUUAAACAAACACUAGUCUAG